UUAUUUUAUCACAAUUCAAAUUCUUCAAAAACUAUUUGGAAUGAGAGUUGUGAACUGUUGGAGUAACCUUGGUGUGGCCGCCUCCUGCUGGUGCGGCUGACGGGUAUCAGUUGUUUAUUGCUUCACUUCAAAUGUACACAAACAUGGCAGCAACACCGCUCUCAUUAAGUAUUCGUCUACAAAAUGCUAUUAGUCAGCCAAUUUUACAAGUCCGAUGUGAAGAAGUUGGUCGGAUUUUGAAUGAAUCAACCAGCAAGGAUGCAAGUUUUAUCCUACGUUCAGUGGUGGAAAGCAUCUUUGGUUUAGGUGGUCAAGUAGGAUGGGGAUUAAGAACAAUAACACAUUCUGCUCUCAGCAGGGAGUUUGAACAGCUGCGAGUAUUCCUCAGUGCUUCUGGCCCUUUGUUGUCGCUGACAUAUCGUCUAGCUAAUGACCCAUUCCUCAUGUUCGAAUUUCCAGUGGCAUGGCUUCCAGUCAAAUCUCGUGCUGAGAUAGAAGAUGGGACUCCAGGGCUUUUCUAUGUCAACAAAGUUCAAAACCCAGGUCUUGGCAAAACUCCAACCAACAUUUUGCUGAAUGCAUUUGAAUUUUAUAUAUUUCAUUUUGCACACUUCCUUGUGAGUGGGAGCAAUCACAGAUGGUCACUUUCAUGGUCAACUGCUGGUGACGCCCUCUACCCCAGCUUGUUAGAAGACUACCUCAGCACAUUCCUCCCAUGUGACAGCUCCAUACCACCUGGUCCACCAAGUCCACCUGUGACCCCCAGGGGUGUAUUGUCUCCUGUCUCUCCAAGGGGUAGUGGUGCUGGCAGUCACACACUGUACUUGAGUACACUGGUGUCCCCCAUUGCUGCUCGUCCAUUACGUUCCCCAGCCCCUCAUGGCUACCCUGGCAUUGAAGGAAGUGGAGCACAUGCAUCAUCUCCACUACAUGCUACCCAUAAUCCUCAUCCCCAACUAAAUAUCUGGACUAGUCAGGUACUACUACAAGUGGUGAUGGAGAUGUGGGUGAACCAGUGUCUUACCCCACCAACACGGUCACCAGGACGUAUUCUUUCCUCCACUCAGUCUUCACCACACAGUGGUCAGGUUGAAUCAGACCUGAUUCAAAGCAAGCAUCACAUGAUUUGGAGACAAUUUGAGGAGGUGUUUGUGCCAUCAAGUGAUCAUGUGAGGGUUGUGAGGAUGCUCAUCAAGCACCUUCAUUUCUUUGCAAAUAGUGGAAAGUCAGCACAGCCGUCACCACUUGACGACUUGCGCAAGAAUUUGUGGAAUAUGUACCGGAAGAGUCUGUACCAGUUCCUUCGUCACACCUUCAGUCAUUGGCCCUUAGACUCCUCCUUCAGACUGGUUUUAGAGACGUGGCUGUCAUAUGUGCAGCCAUGGAGGUACAUAGAUUACUCUCCAACCAACAGAAGUCCAGCACAAGGUGCCACAGAAUAUGAGUCACAACGUUCUGUGGAAGGAAAGUGGCAAGGGUUUAUUGCUGAGAAUCUCUUAUUCUACACUCUACUUUUCUACCACCUCAUGUGCCGCUUGUUUCGCUUGGAUUUAUCAGCUCCAAAGAAUGCCCAGAUUCUUUUCAGAGUUACGAAGGUUUUCUCUCAGACCAACCUAAGUAACUUCGUCCGUGAAAUAGAAGAAGCCCUUGAGGAUCCACACUUUAUGCAUCGAUCUUUACUUGGUGGAACCUCUCAUUCCUUGCGGCACCAUGGAGGAUUUGCUGGAAUCCACAAUGACCAGUUCCCAGCACGCUCUCUUGCAUCUGUUGCCCGAGGGCACAUUGUUGAAAUGGAAGGCCCUAGUCACACUUAUCAUCCUAUGUUUAGCUCUGGCAACAUUACUAUGGUGGAAUCAUUGCUAAAGCAUAUACGAAGAGCAUAUGAGGCAGUAGUCAGAGAGCAGCAUCAGCAACAUUUAGCAGCAGGCACAGUAAGCAUUAGUAAUGGCACAAAUGGCAAGGUAACAAAAGAAGGCUGGUUCACGAGUCUCAUCAAAGGCAUCUUUGAUGCAGCAUCCCCCACAGAAGAUGAGACUUCUACAGAUGACAUCAGGAAGACUGUUAUUCAUUUGGAAACAGCCCAGAGACAGUUGUCAGGGAUCUUCAAUAUUCUUCAGCCACUUGAGUAUGGACAGACCUUAUGUGGUAUUGGUCCAGGUCAUCAUGGCACUAGUCAGUCAGAUACGUCAUACCAGCAUCACCAGGUUAAAUCAUCAGAUGAUCCCACAUCUCCUCAGUGUGCCAACACCCCAAGUGGCCCAAUGCUUACUAAUUAUGGUCGUUACCAGUUGAAAUCAGGACUGUGCAGACGAGAUUUGAAAUAUGAUGGGGACCCAGACCUAAAACCCAUUUGUACCUUUGAAAUCCCCUUUCUUGUGCGUUGGCUAUAUUCACUAACUAUGCUUAUCAACUCCAAAUAUGGUACAGAUAUGAUUGGACUUUACUCCAGAGAAGACAUAGUUGGAUAUUUUGCCAAGCUGAUCCUCAAAGCUCCUGAAACAGUAUAUGAGUACCAUAAGAACAGCUCUGGUUCACCUCACACCCGUGUUGCCAAGCAUCUGCCUCCAAGAAUAAGUUUGAGAUUUCAAGCUAGCAAGCAUGCCAUUGGAUAUGAGCUGGCAUUUGCUGUUGUGUUUUACAUUUUAGGCUUGUGGAGCUUCUUUAUCAAGAUGUUAAUAUCAAUUUUUAUUAUUAUUGCUGUGCCUGCAUACAUCUGUCACCGAUUUGUUGUUAGGCCAAGAAUAUGUGAAGAGGAGGAGGAUCAUGAAGAGCAACAGCAAGAUCAGCUGGAACAAGACCAGCAUAGUGUGUCACCAGCUCUUUCCGUAUCACAGUUAUGAUAAAAUCUCCCAGUUGCACUUUAUACCCAUAAACUUAGAUGUAGUUCAAUUACAAAGUAGUACAAAGAACAGCAUAUGGUUUUGCUGGAUGUGAUAAUGGAUACAAGUAAAGUUUUCUCAAGUUAAAAGAAACUGACUUAUUUACUGUAUUAUUUAGAGAGAAUGUGAUUGAUGAGGUUUUUUCUUUUAAUACUGUUUAUUAGUCCAUCAACAUCCCUCAGUGCACCGCUGUUAGUGUCUUUAAUCCUUUAUUAUAUUAAAUUUGCCAAGGCUGACCUCAGUCUAUUAAUUCAGGGUAUGUGACUAACCAGGAGAUAGAAUGGGUUGGUUAGGUAUCAAUAGUUAACUAACUACAGUUUUACCCACAAUGUUUAUAUGUUCUAUGUACAGUACUAUGUAGCAUGAAGGUGCAAAUAAAGUACUGUGUAACCCCAUUUGGUUAUAGUAAUGUGGAAAGUUAAUUAAAUGAAAGGUCAGGCUUUAGUAACAUGAAUUAAACUUUCUACAGAUUAUGUGGUGGUGAUGAUGUAUAAUACUAUGCAGUAGUUGUGAUCUGGAGCUUUGCAAAUCUUAGCUCCACUUUUCCCAUGAAUGUACUGUUAUUGAUAGUUUUUGGAUUUUAUUAAUUGUCUUAGAAUAAGUACAAUGGACAGAGAUUUAUUGAACAACACAAGAAAAAUACAAAAACUCAAGUGGCACAAACUUCUGCAAAUGUUUCAGAACUUAAACUGAGAGGGUGUUUAUAAGACAAUGAACAACUUCAAUUUUCAUCACUAGGCUUUUGAACCAAUUUGUGAGCUGCAUGCUCUUACCCAGAAACACCAAGGGAGAACAAACACACUCAUUUUUAGAUCCAGCUCUUCCCAAAUUCUUGCUAUUAUGGAAGUACUGUACCAUGCACCCACCUCUCAUUUUACGUGGGGGUUAGGUUCUUGAAAAUCACCACUUAAUUAAAAAAAAAUUAUAAAUUAAACCUAUUUUUCCCAUAAGAAUUCAAGUAAAUGGUACAGGUUAGGGGAACCAUCAUAUACUACCGUACAGGGUAACUUACAAUAAAUAUUCUUUUACCUUACUCAUUCAUAAAGAAAAAACAGUUAAUAAAGAAAAACAUUAGUAAAUAUAUCUUAAAUAACACUUAUACAUUGAUGAUGGACGACUUCUGCUUGACAAAGGUGGGGUAGGGGGAAGGUUGAGGAAGGAGGCUACUGAGGCGAGGGUACGGGCAAGUGAUCACAUCUAACUUGUCUUCCAUUGCAAUUGUUUUUCUUGCCUUUUUAGCAGUAGGCUCACCAGAGGAGGCAGAUGGAUGUUUUUCAGACAAGCUCGAUGGGGAAAACAGUGUUUAACAUUAAAAGAUACGUGAUAAACACACAAACAAUUAGUGCUGAAAUAAAUUGAGAAAGAGGUAAGUUUGCUGUAAAUACUAAACAGCUGGAAUCCAUCACAGUUGUUGUACAGUACUGUGUACUUCAUUAUCAUCAUUAUCUUCAUCAUCAUUAGUAGUAAUAAUCUAUUAUUACAUUAUUAUAAUGAUUAUUAUUAUAAAUAAUAAUAUUAAAAUUUUUGAUAUUGAUAUGACUGACUUUACAGUAAUACUAACAAGCACCUCACCAGCCAUCACACGCGACUCCGCUGCCAGGCGAAUAUGCGGCAAAUUUAAAAGCGAGUACGCAGCAAAUUUAAACCACGUUAUUUAAAAAAUAGUUGCGUGUAAAUUAGGAACUGGUAUUAAUUGAACAAACGCGUUAUUCCAAAAAUGCUUAAAUCAAGUGUGUGUGUGUUCUUAGGUGAGACCAGGAGAGUUUGUAUGUACUACAGAUUGCUAUUAUUAUUGGUAAAAAAGGCAUUUUAAACUUUCAAUUCAUAAACAAAGGAGAUUAACAUUAAUAUGCUUGACAUUGAGAAUGAAUAUGGGUGUACAUACCCUGUACUAGUUCCUGAACCAUAUUUUAUUUACAUGCCUAUGUUUAGUGCUACUUAAAAUUAUUGGCAGUUGAUUUAUAAUGGUCUCUGUGGUAACACCCAAAUAUUUCAGUUGGUUGGUUGGUCUUAUAUUCUGGACCCUUCCCUCAAGUGUGGUCUCAUUUCUUAUUACCCAUUUACAUUGCUGCAUGAUAUGUAUAACUAAACUAGGUAUGUGCCUUGAAAUACUGUACAGUAAGGUCUUGUAUUUCAGGAGUAAUAUAGACUGGAAAAAUUAUGCCAAAUGCAAAUACAUAAACUAAUGGGAAAAAUAGCAAUAUAGACUGGCCACUCUACAUCAACCUCUGAUUUUCCCAUUUAUAACCUACAAAUGAUACAAAUUCUGCCUUUAUUGACUUGAUUGUGCUUUCCAGAAACUAGUUUUUAGGCCUUCCUCAAAUAAUUUAAUCACACGCUGCUUAUCCUGCAUCGAGUACUUGGCAAACUUAACUCCUUUAUGAUAGUCCUGCUUCUCCUUUUUCUUAUUUGGCCACUUAGGUGGGUCUGUCCCACCCCCACCAGCAGGACCCCCAGUAGAGGUAGAGGCCAUUAUCUUGAAUCGACAGGUGGUAGCACCACCCAUAAAAGUACACAAUAACAGCCAGACAACACGAUAGUUGCUUUCUUGUAAACCUCUUUUACGUUCACCACCGGCAAUUCGAUCACCAGAACGCUUCUUGGAAACAUUCUUUUUACCUUGUCUUUCCGUAUUCAUCGUUAACACAACAAAAUUGGAGAAAAUAGU